AUGGUGACCCAACUCAACGCCCUUGACGGUCCAGAGUCAGAGAGUCAGAACAUCCGUCAGAGCUUUGCAGAGGUACUUGGCGACAAGUUCCACUACACGAAUGCCAUCGACAGCUCUCUGCUCUGGACUGUUGGGUACACCCCCUACAUUCCCCCAGCUCUGAAAGGAAGAAGCUUCCCCUCUGUAGAGAGCUUCUUCCUGGAUGAGUGGGAGCCACUGACACUCCUCCAGACUCUACAGGUUAUGUCCACCAGUGUUUCCAUCAUGGAGAAUGACCUGAUCCAGUCUGCUGCAGGCCUAGUAUCUCAGGUUCUGUCCACCAGUGUUGCUGUCGUGGAGAAUGACCUGAUCCAGUCUGCUGCAGGCCUAGUGUCUCAGGUUCUGUCCACCAGUGUUGCCGUCGUGGAGAAUGACCUGAUCCAGUCUGCUACAGGCCUAGUAUCUCAGGUUCUGUCUACCAGUGUUUCCAUUGUGGAGAAUGACCUGAUCCAGUCUGCUGCAGGCCUAGUAUCUCCGGUUCUGUCUACCAGUGUUUCCAUUGUGGAGAAUGACCUGCUCCAGACUGCUACAAACCUAGUGUCUCAGGAUGAUGACUCCACCCUGAGAGCCUCCAACCAACCUGAGGUCCAUGUGGCUGAUGUGUCAACCAAGGGAAGUAGACUUACCAUCACUAUUUAUUUGGGUUCAACCAAGAGUAGCCAUGUUGCUUUCUGAGUAUGCUGUGCUACCAGCCUGAGCAGUCUGCUGGAAAUGUCACCUCUACUACUGUGUCAACGACAUUCAUCAACUGCUGCUGCCAAGAAGAGAAGAGGUGUGAUAUUUCAUCUCUCUGAGUCAGCUCUCAGUGGCUGAAGAAAAAGUAAUGCGAAGCUUAGUCACCCAUAAAACUCAUGCGGUUUAACUCUGUGGUAACUGUUAUGCUUUCUUCCACUAUCAACUGUUUUGAUACUAAUAUCCAGUGUUAAUGCCUUUUUUUUGUUCUCUAUUGUCUAUCUUUCCUUUUUUAGGCUAAAGUGGCUUCCAAGAAGGAGGACAUCUAG